AUGGGGCGGCCGAAGCAGAAGAAGGCGCAGCUGAAGCGCGCCACGCGGAAGCCCAGGCGCGGGGCUCCCGAAGGCAAUCCGUCUCUGGGGCUGGGCGGGGAGGACAGCAGCACGGUGGGGGAUGAUGACGGCGGCAGCAACGCGAUCGUCAUUGCGCCCCCUGCGCCUUCCGCGGGGGGCCGCCGCCACGACGAGCGAACGGUGGAGACGGAAGCUGAGCUGGCAUCUGGCGCUGACGUGGCUGAUGACGUGGCGCUGGACAACGAUGAGCUGGAGAUGGUGGACGAGCGCAAGAAGCGGCGCAACAGCAAGCGCGUGCAGCGCAAGCUGCGCCGCAUCCAGGAGGAGAAGGAGAAGAAGGUGAAGCGCAAGCAAGCCAUCCACAGUGCCACCAGCUGCUGCCCCCCUCACCCUUCCCUCGCCCCCAAUGCCCAUCUUCCCAGUUUUCCGCUUUCCCCUGUUCUUUGUUCCCCGCUUCCUGUUCCUUCUUCCCCGCUUCCCCCUUUCCCCUAUUCCUUGUCCCCCGCUUCCCCCUUUCCCCCCAUUCCUUGUUUCCCGCUUCCCCCUUUCCCCCCAUUCCUUGUUUCCCGCUUCCCCCUUUCCCCCCAUUCCUUGUUUCCCGCUUCCCCCUUUCCCCCCAUUCCUUGUUUCCCGCUUCCCCCUUUCCCCCCAUUCCGUCUUCCCCGCUUUGCCCUUCCCCCCAAACCAUCUCUCUCGAAAGUGAUUCAAGUAUUUUCCUGCCGCUUUGCCCUUCACCAUGCUGCUUCACCAUGCUCCUUUCUGCACUACCCGAUUACCUGCACUCUGUGCCUUUGUGUGCCGCACAUGCCAUUCAAAUGUACCCGCUUCUGCCACUGCCGCUGGCGUUGGCAGGGCUCUCUGAAUCAUUGUGCUGCCUGUUCGCCCCACUGCCUGUUCGCCCCACUGCCUGCUCGCCCCAAUGACUGUUCGCCCCACUGCCUGCUCGCCCCACUGCCUGUUCGCCCCACUGCCUGUUCGCCCCACUGCCUGUUCGCCCCACUGCCUGUUCGUCCCACUGCCUGUUCGCCCCACUCCCUGAACGCCCCACUGGCUGCUCGCCCCACUGCCUGUUCGCCCCACUGCCUGCUCGCCCCACUGCCUGUUCGCCCCACUGCCUGCUCGCCCCACUGCCUGCUCGCCCCACUGCCUGUUCGCCCCACUGCCUGUUCGACCCACUGCCUGCUCGCCCCACUGCCUGUUCGCCCCACUGCCUGUUCGCCCCACUGCCUGUUCGCCCCACUGCCUGCUCGCCCCACUGCCUGUUCGCCCCACUGCCUGCUCGCCCCACUGCCUGCUCGCCCCACUGCCUGUUCGCCCCACUGCCUGUUCGACCCACUGCCUGCUCGCCCCACUGCCUGUUCGCCCCACUGCCUGCUCGCCCCACUGCCUGUUCGCCCCACUGCCUGUUCGCCCCACUGCCUGUUCGCCCCACUGCCUGUUCGUCCCACUGCCUGUUCGCCCCACUCCCUGAACGCCCCACUGGCUGCUCGCCCCACUGCCUGUUCGCCCCACUGCCUGCUCGCCCCACUGCCUGUUCGCCCCACUGCCUGCUCGCCCCACUGCCUGCUCGCCCCACUGCCUGUUCGCCCCACUGCCUGUUCGACCCACUGCCUGCUCGCCCCACUGCCUGUUCGCCCCACUGCCUGCUCGCCCCACUGCCUGUUCGCCCCACUGCCUGUUCGCCCCACUGCCUGCUCGCCCCACUGCCUGCUCGCCCCACUGCCUGUUCGCCCCACUGCCUGUUCGCCCCACUGCCUGUUCGCCCCACUGCCUGUUCGCCCCACUGCCUGCUCGCCCCACUGCCUGCUCGCCCCACUGCCUGUUCGCCCCACUGCCUGUUCGCCCCACUGCCUGUUCGCCCCACUGCCUGUUCGCCCCACUGCCUGCUCGCCCCACUGCCUGUUCGCCCCACUGCCUGCUCGCCCCACUGCCUGCUCGCCCCACUGCCUGCUCGCCCCACUGCCUGUUCGCCCCACUGCCUGCUCGCCCCACUGCCUGUUCGCCCCACUGCCUGUUCGCCCCACUGCCUGUUCGCCCCACUGCCUGUUCGCCCCACUGCCUGUUCGCCCCACUGCCUGUUCGCCCCACUGCCUGUUCGCCCCACUCCCUGUUCGCCCCACUGCCUGCUCGCCCCACUGCCUGCUCGCCCCACUGCCUGCUCGCCCCACUGCCUGUUCGCCCCACUGCCUGUUCGCCCCACUGCCUGUUCGCCCCACUGCCUGUUCGCCCCACUGCCUGUUCGCCCCACUGCCUGUUCGCCCCACUCCCUGA